UUUAGUUACCGUUGGUUUGCACAUGUACGGUCACUGUCUUUCAAUGCUUAUUCCCUUUUUUCAGGCUUAAAGAACGACAAAUAAGCUUCGGGCGAAUUGACUUAGUCUGGGCGAACUGCUAUUGGGCGAAACGACCUGAUACCGUGCAGUGCAGUCGCGCUGUGAAAAGUGGUGCGACAAACACACUGUCACAACAUCCCUACUCUCUGAGAUCCUGGCAGAAGUUUUACCCAUUUUCCAUGAGAUAA